UCAAAAUAACUCGUUAUAGCUAGUGACUUUAACAGUUAAACGUCGUGCAUCUGAGGCAUUGUAAGCUCAAACUAGCUAGGCAGCGUCUUUAUGUCUUUUGGUUGUCAAAUUUAAGCAAGUAUGUAUAAAAACUUGUUUCUUAUGCAUUAGAAAUCACAACUGUCAAAUAAUGAAAAAACGAUCGGAAAAGGUCAGUAAGGAAAAAGGAAGUUCUGGAUUCGAGGAAGAGAUUACAAAGAUCGGAGGACUGAAUUUACAAGACAAAGGCUCAGUCCAAACCACAGAUGACUACCAGUGCUCAGGCAUUUUGGAGCUGGAUUUCCCAGAGUUGUGUGCCUUAGCUGGUGUGAGUGAAAUCCCAACUGUGAAGCUGAGACAGCCAACAGCAGCAUCACCAUCACCAUCUACAGACAGGGGAGCAAUGGAGGGUAGUCCAACUCAGAUCUCCUCGGGAAGUCCUGUGACAACAUGGUGCCGAGAACCAUACCUUCAGAUAGAGAAGGAGAAUGGGGACUCCCGGACUGUAAAAAAAGUCAGGGUGUCUGGGUGGAUGGUGGAUGAAGUUAUGGCUCGAGUGUUGAGUAAGAUCUUGCCAUCCCUCAGUAAUCUACAGAGUCUAGAGAUGUGGCGGGCCAGACUAACUGAUCGCACUUUGACCUCCCUAAAGAAUACCAUCACUUUGUGCUCAAACCUCAGGACAGUCAUUUUGGAUGGAAACCCAAUUCCAGGACAGGCCUACUAUAUCUUAUUGGGAGAGGACAGUUUGGUAACCCACUUAUCAUUACGCAACAAUCGUAUAGAAGAGGAGGGAGCACGUCUGAUCGGUUCAGCCCUCUCUACGGUACACUCUACCAACAGGAAUCUACUUUCACUCAACAUGGCCUUCAACUCUAUUGGUGAUGCAGGCGCCAUUCAUAUUGCACAGGGCCUACGCCUCAACCGUUCUUUAUUGUGCCUCUCUCUCGCCAACAAUCACGUAGGAGACUCAGGGGCAGCCCACUUGGCCGAGGUGCUUGGCCCCUUUGCACUGACACAUGAAGAAAUAGUUGAGAGAAGGAGGCAGUUGAUUAUGAGGGACCAACUGGUGCCAUCUCAAGGGGUUGGUACAGACUCUACAGGUGAGCAUCCUCUCUCCAUCCCCAGCAACUCUUCAAUAGAGUGCAACACCAGUAAGGUGUCUAAAAGUUCCUCCAAAAAGAAGGACGCCCCCAAAAGGGAUGAGAAGCCAGCAGCAGGUCAGACAGGGGCCACUGCAGCAAAGAAAGAGGAACACAAGAUGACCAAAAAAGCCUCUGACACUAAGAUAGCACGUGGCCGAGGAGGGAAGUCAGGUGGGAAGGACAAACAUCCAUCAGUGACUGAGCAGGAGGAAAAGAGCAGUUCUGUACAAAAGUCAGAAGAGGUGGUGGAGACAUUGAGCCCUCUGCUAGAUCCUGAUGUACGGCAUGUUGAGGGGAAAGUCAUUCAUCCAGGCAACACCGCCCUCAUCUCUCUCAACCUGUCGGGUAAUAAACUCACCAAACAGUCUCUUCACAUGUUCUUGUCUUUGGUUGGAGGCCAAGGGGAAGGCGGCCUCCUGCGUCUGUCUCUCAAUGUGAGUUUCUUAGAGUUUUUGCAGAGGAACAACUUCCCCCUAGACUGUGAAGCCUUCCUGAAUAUACAAGCAAUGAUGUCACUGAAAGCUCCUCUAAUCAAAGCUGGCUCAGGUCAGGUGGAUGAUGAGGAGGGUCAGGCAGCAUAGUAGCAUAUGAAUUCAUAUCAGCAUGUAGAAGUAAUAUUAACAGUUCUUUUUCAUGACUAUGUAAUAUAUAAGUAAGGUUAUUGAGUUUAUUAUAUUGCUCGUAAUCUAUUGUCCUUUUAUGGCUUCAUAGGUAUGUUCAGUGCCAGAUAUAUGUUUUAAUUAAAUCACAUGAAUUAUAUUUAUUUUUAAGUGUCUUUUUUUGCAGAGUGAUCUACAAUGUCCUGAACAUUAGGUUAACUUUUAUUAACUGUGAUGGAUGUCUCUGUACUAAAUAAACAUUCUUGCUAUGUCAAAGAAUUUAUGAUGUGUUUGUAAGUCUCAUAUCUAUAUGGA